AUGUACUUCGACCUGAUCAGCGACCGCAGAUUGCAGAUCGAUGCAAUCUGCAUCACGGAGGUGUCGCAGCCUCUGGUUGCCAUGUAUCAGUCGGGCUUGAAAAUGCAGAAGGACAACCAGCUGGCGUUUGCAAUUCAACGUGCGCAGGCGGGGGAGGGUUCUUGGUGGAGCACCUGUGGGGAAAUCCUGGAGAAGAUCCACAGCAGCAGCUUGUUGCUCCGAAUGGGACUCACGCAACGACUUGGGGAAGAGGCUGCCGAAGAAGAGGACCACGAGUGGCUAGCAGCGGAGGGGCAGAUGCUUCAGACAGUCUACGAUUUUUCUGUUGCGCUGGCAAGCAAUGUGGCUUGGUCACAGGUCAUGUUCCGAUACUCCUUGCCUCAUGCGAUUGCGCCGCUUGCCAGCCGAAACCGAAAGGUUCGUGAGGAUGCAAUGGCUUUGCUGAAGAAGAUGGUUGAUGCACUUCUAGCUGCCAAGCGGCCAGAGCAUGAUGGAAAUACGGAUUUACAGAAAGUGCUGGACGCACUUGCGUGGCACCGGCAACCAUUGGCGGCAGAGGUCGUCAUGUCUUUGCGGCAGACACACUUUGAUCCGCACUCUGAAGAGACGCGGAGGGUUGCGGUGGAGCUGUAUGCUGGAAGCGCGACAACGAAGGAUGUGCUGGAAUCCACUUUCGGCUUUCUGCAAGAUGUCUCUCGGCGAUGCAGCAAGAACCAGAAACUGUCACAACAUGCGGUUUGGAUGUACGCGCAGAGCUCUAAGUAUGCCACAACUGGGGGCGUGCCGCACAUUCGGGCCACAAAGGAGGACUGGAACCGCUUCCAUCCAAAUCUGCAACCAGAGCUGGCAAUCCAGUUUGCAAGAUGCAUGAAUGCCAAGAACACUCGUGUCCCUGAAUCACAUCCGGCUGAUGACGCUGACGCCCGAGGUUUGCCGCAGAACACGCAUGAAGUUUCUAAGAGGAAGUGGCGAACUUCUGGGCCACUGUCGCACCAGAAAAGUGUAGCAGCCAUGGCCUACCUGAUGCAUGGCGAACCGACAAACUUCCAGAAGGUCGGGCUCAUGUGGAGAGGACUGACUGUGAAGCUGCAAUCAUUGUGGGCAUUGUUUUUUUUUGUGAAUAUGCAACCGAGCAUCUUCUUCACGCAGGGCGGCGUGUUCUGGCAGAGCGUGGCUGAUCAGUACAUGCUCUCACUCGGUGUGCGGCAGUUCGUGUACUUGCUCCUGGACCCGUCUUCGACGCGACAGCCGGACUUCCUUUUCAAUGGCGACCUAGUCAACAGCCAAUGGAAGCGUGUCAGUGUGAAACUUCUACCGCCGGCCUGUGUGCCAAUCGAGCUUGCCUCCAGUGGCGCUGGACUGUUAGUCACAGAGCACAUGGAUCUCGUCAAGGGUGCUUUGAAAGAUGGCAUCACGAUAAAGGUGGAUGACCUGAAGUUGAUUUGCCGAGAGUUCAAACUCCGAAUCGUGGGCACUGGGAAGGGAAAGCGACCUGUGAAGAGGGACUACGUCAAGGCAUUGGUGGAACACUACUUUGCAGAUUCUUCGGAGGAGGAGAAGCAACAAAUUAUUGAGAGGCUGUGUCGGCAAAGAAAGACGCAGAGUACGGAUGUGGAGCUGCUUGAGCACGUUGCUCAUUUGGAUCCCGAAAACAAAGAGUGCUUCAAAGAUCAAAUCAAGGCAGCUGCAGAGAAUUUGGAGGACAUCCUCCAGCAAAAAGGUCGCGCUCAAGGUGAGCGUGCAGCUCAGCAACGCAGCAAAGCAGAAAAAGAUCAGGCGGCCACCGAGAAGGCUGCAAGAGACCGCGAGACGAAGGAAAAAGCUCAUCAAGAGCAUGAGGCUCUUGAAAGAGCUGCGCGCGCAGCAGAGAUGGACAGACUCUGGGGGCUCACGCCUGCUUUCUUGAAGGAGCUCCUUCCAGGCGGAGGAGCCAUAACUGGAACCUUCCACGCGCAGUACCACCCCGUCAAUGAAUUCUUCAAGGUGAACUACCCUGUCAGUGCUGGCCAAGACAGGGUCAACCCAUAUCAGAGCUGCCAGCGCAAAUAUGGCACAGCCCAAAAUCCAACGAAAUUCCACGCGCUGAAAACAGUCAUUAAGUUCGCCUACGACCGAUGGAAUAGGUUGCACCCGGACGACCAGAGGCCAAUGUCCCCUAGCUGA